AUGUCUACAUCCAAAACUGUAGUGUUUGGUCUCUAUGUUGCAACACUUCUCGUGUCUUGCAAUGCGGCUGGAAAUGCCACAACGCAGCCGCUUUUCCCAGCGAUUCUGAUCUUCGGCGACUCAACCGCAGACACAGGCAACAACAACUACCAUUUACAAGCCGUCUUCAAGGCUAAGCAUCUCCCUUACGGUGUUGAUUCCCCUGGCCAUGAAGCUAGCGGAAGAUUCUCUAACGGGAAACUAAUCUCUGACGUCAUUGCCUCCAAACUUAACAUCAAAGAGUUUGUUCCUCCCUUUCUACAACCGAACAUCUCCGACCAAGACAUUGUCACCGGUGUCUGUUUCGCAUCAGCGGGUGCGGGAUACGAUGACAGGACCUCGCUAUCGAGCAAGGCUAUCCCGGUCUCUCAACAGCCAAGAAUGUUCAAGAAUUACAUUGCUCGUCUCAAAGGUAUCGUAGGAGACAAGAAAGCAAUGGAGAUCAUUAACAACGCCUUAGUGGUCAUAAGCGCAGGGCCUAACGAUUUCAUCUUGAACUUUUAUGAUAUCCCCACGAGGCGUCUCGAGUAUCCUACUAUCUAUGGUUACCAAGAGUUUGUCCUCAAGAGGCUUGACGGUUUUGUCCGGGAGCUUUAUAGUUUAGGUUGCCGUAACAUUGUGGUUGGAGGGUUGCCGCCAAUGGGAUGCUUACCGAUCCAAAUGACCGCGAAUACGAGAAAUAUUUUGAGAUUAUGUGUCGAACAAGAGAACAAAGACUCCGUUCUGUACAAUCAGAAACUAGUAAAGAAACUACCUGAGAUUGAAGCGUCUUUACCCGGAAGCAAGUUCCUUUACGCCAACGUAUACGACCCUGUGAUGGACAUGAUCCAAAACCCUAGCAAAUAUGGAUUCAAGGAGACGAAGAAAGGAUGUUGCGGAACAGGAUACAUGGAGACGACCUUCAUGUGCAAUCCCCUUACAAAGACUUGUCCGAAUCACUCCGAUCACUUGUUUUGGGACUCAAUUCAUCCCUCGGAAGCUGCUUACAACUACCUUGGCAACUUUGUGGAUACUCAGAUACGAGGGUGGCUUAAGGCUUAA